AUGAAUCGCUGGACAAGGGCUUUUCACAUGGCAACGCAUGAACAAGAAUGGUGAAGAGGAAGAGAAUAAGGAACAAGAACCAAAAGAGAAGAAGAAAGAUGAGACAACAACAUUAAAAUGGAAGGAAUGGAUAAUUGAUCCAUCUGAAGAGUUUUAUUAUACAUGGUUACAAAUUAUGAUACUCCCUAUCUGCUACAAUUGGGUCAUCAUAAUAUUCAGGACAUGCUUCUAUGCCAUUGAGGAGAAGUUUGUGGCAACAUGGCUUACCUUGGAUUAUAUUUGUGACUUGUUCUAUGUGCUUGACACAGUUAUUGGGUUUCGCACAGCUUUUCUGGAGCAGGGGAUCCUGGUGCGAGACUUGUCCCUUUUAAAAAAGCGUUACAUGCGCUCUUCUCGAUUCAAGUGGGACAUUGCCUCCCUGUUGCCCACUGAUCUACUCUACCUGAAUCUGGGGAUCCACACACCUCUAGUUCGGGUCAACCGCUUCCUGCGAACGGGCCGUAUGAACGAGGCCCUGGACCGCAUGGAAACGCGCACAUCCUAUCCAAACACCUUCCGAGUCGCCAAACUCAUGCUGUAUAUUUUCGUGCUCAUCCACUGGAACGCCUGCGUCUACUUCUCUCUGUCUAAUUACAUAGGCUUCGGUGCGGAUCCCUGGGUCUAUCCCAACAUCUCUGACCCGGACUUUGCUGCCACGAGACGCCAGUACUUCUAUUGCUUCUGGUUCUCCACUCUCAUCCUCACCACAGUGGGUGACACUCCUCCGCCUGAACGCGAAGAAGAGUAUCUGUUUUUAGUCGCAGACAUGUUGAUCGCCGUGCUAGUGUUUGCUUCUGUCGUGGGGAGCAUGGGGGACGUGAUAUCAAGCUUGCGUGAUCGUGACAACGUUUUUUUCCCCAAUCAUGAGCUGGUGAAGGGUUACCUACGCAGCCGGCGCAUCAGCAAAGAGCUGCAAAAACGCGUCAACGACUGGUACCAGCAUCUCCACAUCAACAAAAAGAUCACACGGGAGAAUGAGAUUCUUCAGCAUCUUCCAACCACACUUCAGACAGCAAUUGCAGUGAGUGUGCAUCUGCCCACUCUGUCCAAAGUCACCAUCUUUCAGAACUGUGAGACCAGUCUGUUGGAGCAGCUGGUACUUAAACUCACCCCCCAGGUGUAUAGCCCAGGAGAGUAUGUAUGCAAGAAGGGAGAUGUAGGUCAUGAGAUGUAUAUCAUUAAAGAGGGGAAGCUGGCAGUGGUUGCAGAUGAUGGAGUUACUCAGUUUGCUGUUCUGGGGGAAGGAAACUUCUUUGGAGAAAUCAGUAUCUUGAAUAUCAAAGGUAACAAAUCAGGAAAUAGACGAACAGCCAACAUUCGCAGCAUUGGUUACUCAGAUCUCUUCAGCCUAUCGAAAGAGGACCUGACUGAAACACUUCUUGAGUACCCUGCAGCCAAACGCCUGUUGGAGGAGAAGGGUCAUCAGAUCCUGACAAAGAUGGGGAUGCUGGAAGAGACAGACGAACGGGAGGGAGAGGUGGAGAAAACGGAGGACAAGGUGAAGCGCUUAGAGGCCAGCCUAGAGGCCCUGCAGACCAAACUGGCUCGGCUGAUCGCUGAAUUGGAGUCUACUGCCCGGAAAAUGAUGCAAAGAGUGGAACAACUGGAACUGCAGACCGAAGGAUGGGAAGGAAUUGUGGCCGAGGGUGCACAGGGAGAAAUAGAAGAGCAGAAAAAGGUAAAAGAGAGGGAGAUUGGGGAUGGGAAAGGGGAAGGGGAAGGGGAGAAGGAAGAUGAAGAGGAGACAGUAGUGGAAGGAGAGAGAGGAGAAGGUGAUGGAGGAGAGGAAAGCCUGGGAGAAAAGGAGAAGAAUGCAGGAGGGAAUGAGAAAAGUGAAAAGGAGAAAGAAGAGACAGGGGAAGAGCAAAUAAAGACAGAAACAAAGGAUCAGAAAAGAGAUUAAAUGCAAGUAGAGGAUAUUUGUAAAAUGUGCAACUAUACGUAAAAUAUACCGUUUUAAUGGUUGGGGUACAUUUAUAAAUCAGGGAUUUAUUAAA